UGUGAAUAGGUAGAUUUCACCUUUCAUAAUUUUUUUUGAAAUUUAUUUAUAAUUUUUUAUAUUAUUUCAGUUAUUCAAAAGUUAUCCUCUGACGUAGAGAAAAUAAUGCACGUUCUUCAACAGAGCCAUGACGCCUACAACAGGCAACAGAGCAUCAUUGAGAUGUUGCAGAAGAAGCUGUUGCUUAAGAGUGGCGAUGAUGAAGAAGUAGAUGAAGGGAGCGAUGGCAGAAGAGUUGAACCAGGAGGAAGAGGAGGAGGUGGUGAAAGAGGUGGCCGUGGAAGAGGAGGUGGCCGUGGAGGAAGAGGUGGCCAUGGAGGAGGAGGUGGCCGUGGAGAAAGAGGUGGCCGUGGAGGAGGAGGUAGCCGUGGAGGAGGAGGUGGCCGUGGAGGUGACCGUGGAGGAGGAGGGGGAGGAGGUGGCCGUGGAGGAAGAAGAGGUGGCCGUGGAGGAAGAGGAGGUGGCCGUGAAGGAGAAAGUAGCCGUGAAGGAGAAGGUAGUCAUGAAGGAGAAGGU